AUAACUCGCCUAUUACGUGAGUGUAGAUUGUGAAACUUACAGAUACAGUCAGUCACCGGUUUGACGACAAACAAUGAGCCGCGUGUGCGUGUUAAAUAUAAAUAAAAGUAUUUGAAGUUAUUGGCUUUGUUAUAUUGCUUGAGCCAAAACAUUUGUUUAGAUUGGAUUUGUAUCAAAAGUAGCAAAGUAACGUCAAAAGUAGUAAGUAAACUAAAAAAGACGGAAGACAUUAGUAAUGAUGUAUGUUAAUUAGCUUGAAAAUGUCGUUAAGACAACUUCAUCCUCUGUUGGCUGCGAAGGCCAGGGAGGAGUUGAACGAAGAACCAACGCGUAUAGAAGAAAGUUUAAGAUUGUUAAAGGAAUGGAUUGCAGUGCAACCGCAUUUGAAAGUCAGAACAGAUGAUCAAUGGCUUGUGGCGUUUUUACGUGGAUGUAAAUAUAACUUAGAUAAGACGAAAUCAAAAAUAGAUUUGUACUACACGCUAAGGACGACGGCACCCGAAGUGUAUUGUAUUAAAUAUUCAGAAUCAAAGAUCUAUAGUAUAUUAGAAACUGGAGCAAUUCUGACUAUGCCUAAGACCAAAGGUCCAGCAGACCCUCGUGUAAUACUCUUAAGACCAGGAUGGUGCAAUCCAUCAGACUUUACUUUUAUGGAAGUGAUGGCUGUUAUGUUAUUUCAACACCAGAUAUCAUACAUGGAAGAUGAUAACUUGACAGUGGCAGGAAUGGUAAACGUGGUUGACUUGAAGGGGACCUCGCUAUCGCACAUUAGACAGAUAUCAAUAUUUGAGAUAAGGAAAUUGAUAACAGUCACUCAGGACGCUGCAGCUACACGGAUGAAGGGUGUCCACAUACUCAAUACUAUGUAUUUCUUUGAAACCUGUUUUAAUUUGGUCAAGCAUUUUCUCAACGAUAAAAUUAGAAAAAGGUUUCAGAUACACAACAAAAAUUAUGAGGAAUUUUAUAAGUGUGUGCCACGAGAAGUCUUGCCUGCUGAGUACGGUGGAGACGGUGGCACCAUGAGAGAGAUAAUAGAUUACUGGAAAAGAAAAUUUAGAGAGUACGAGGGUUGGUUACGUGAAGAUUUUGAAUACAAAUCGGACGAAUCACUGCGACAGAGAAGAUAACAUUAUCUUGUAGCACUAUUAUUUUAUUGGUUUGAAAGGGAAAUUUUGAUAAUUUUAAUAAAUUAUUUUUUAUUAAAUUAUAUUUUUCGUAAAGGGAUCUUUUUAAAUGAUAUAGUGACAAAUAUAUACGAUACAAAAAUAAUACGAUUACGAUAAGCAAUGAUUACAAAAAUUCAACCUUUCGGCUAAGACGAAAAAUUGACAUAUUUAUAAUAUGAACCAUUGUGUUCGGUUGGUCGACAGCAAUUAUUAUCCAAAUAGUAUUCCAUGAAGUACUCAAACCGAUCGUAGAUGUUUAUCAAAAAUACACUUAUUCAUUUGCAUUGUUGAGUUCAUAAUUGUAGAACAGUACCGAUCUUAGCAAUGAGGCAUACUUAAAAUGGAGUUGAGUAAAUUCAUCCUUUGCAUUUUUGGCUUUAUGUUUUCAUAGUAGAUACAUAUCAAGUAGAAUGGUUCGCUGACCUGAAAUAUUUUGAUAAUCAUAUGGUCAUUGAACUUUUAUAGCGCAACAAUCUUAUUUGGUCUCCGAGUUACAAAAUACAAUCAACUACAAUAUAAUACAUAUUGUCGUUUUGUCAAAUAAAAAAAAACAUUUUCUCGAGGUGUGCUAG